UCAUUACCAAUUCUAGCUAGUUGAUUAUAUUCCACAGACCCAGUUGUCAUCAAAGUCUAUACUAUUCUCGAAUACAUUAUAUUCCUUUCUGUUCUUUUCUUAAAAUCCCUGCUCACGUAUAUCAAAUUAUCAAUCAAAUCAGAUAUUCAAAACAAAGAAAGCCAUUUUCUUUUUUAGCAAUGGAUCAUGCAGCUGAAGCUCAUAGAACUGACUUGAUGACCAUCACGCGUCAUGUUCUUAAUGAGCAGUCCAAGCACCCCGAAGCACGUGGUGCUUUCACCAUCUUGCUCAAUCACAUUGUUCUUGGCUGCAAAUUCGUGUGCUCUGCAGUUAGCAAGGCAGGCCUUGCAAAACUCAUUGGACUUGCUGGUGAGACCAAUGUUCAGGGUGAAGAACAGAAAAAAUUGGAUGUGCUUUCAAAUGAAGUUUUUGUCAAGGCGUUAAUUAGCAGCGGACAAACAAGCAUCCUGAUUUCUGAAGAGGAUGAAGAUGCUACAUUUGUCGAUCCAUCAAAGCGUGGAAGAUAUGUUGUUGUUUUUGACCCAUUGGAUGGAUCGUCAAACAUUGACUGUGGUGUUUCCAUAGGAACAAUUUUUGGGAUUUACAUGGUGGAACAUAAGAAUGACCUAAGUCUUGAAGAUGUUCUGCAACCUGGAGAGAAUAUGGUAGCAGCUGGUUAUUGCAUGUAUGGCAGCUCAUGCACGUUAGUACUUAGCACUGGAAAUGGUGUCAAUGGGUUCACUCUUGAUCCAUCUCUUGGAGAGUUCAUAUUAACUCAUCCUGACAUCAAGAUCCCCAAGAAGGGAAAGAUUUAUUCAAUAAACGAAGGAAAUGCCAAAAACUGGGACAAGGCAACUGCCAAGUAUGUGGAAAACUGCAAGUUCCCUAAAGAUGGUUCAUCACCAAAAUCCCUUAGAUACAUUGGAAGCAUGGUUGCUGAUGUUCACCGAACAUUGCUCUAUGGUGGUAUCUUUAUGUAUCCUGCUGAUAAGAAAAGCCCAAAUGGAAAACUACGUCUUCUCUAUGAAGUCUUUCCAAUGUCAUACUUGAUGGAGCAAGCGGGAGGUCAAGCUUUUACUGGCAAGCAACGGGCACUUGAAUUGGUUCCAAACAACAUACAUGAAAGGUCCCCUGUAUUCCUUGGCAGCCAUGGUGAUGUUGAGGAAGUUAAAAAGAUCUAUGCUGCUGUUGAAGAAGAGAGCACAUAAAGUUGCAUGUCCAUCAAUAACUGUCCCUCAUGUGUAUUAGUUUGAUAAUCAAUUCACUAAUCAGGGUCAAUUUAUUCUCAUUUUUCUGGGUGAAACAUAGGAGGAAACCAGUUCCCAGGAAUUGAUUUAUAAAUUCAUGUAUAUUGAGCUUUGUGCCAACAAACAUGUCUCACAAUUUUUCAGAACAUAAACAUAUUUUGGCUAAAGUAAUAAUGUAUUGUAACCCCAGAAAGUUAAAAUUCACCUAAGC